GAGGAUGGCGCCGUUCCUGCUGCAGCUGGUGGUACUCGGCGCGGCACUAGCAGCCGCAGUCCUUAUACUGAUUUCCUUUGUUGCAUUUAUAACUGCUGUGAAAAUGCCACACCUUCAUCAACAUGAAGACGAGAAGUUCUUCUUAAAUGCCAAAGGCCAGAAGGAAACUUUACCCAGCAUAUGGGACUUGCCUACCAAACAGCUUUCUAUUGUCGUCCCUUCAUACAAUGAAGAAAAACGGUUGCCUGCAAUGAUGGAUGAAACUCUGGGCUAUCUAGAGAAGAGACAGAAACAAGAUCCUGCAUUCACUUAUGAGGUGAUAGUAGUUGAUGAUGGCAGUAAAGACCAGACUUCAAAGGUAGCCUUUAAAUAUUGCCAGAAAUAUGGAAGUGACAAAGUACGAGUGAUAACACUGGUGAAGAAUCGUGGGAAAGGUGGAGCUAUUAGGAUGGGUGUAUUCAGUUCUCGAGGAAAAAAUAUCCUCAUGGCAGAUGCUGAUGGAGCCACAAAGUUUCCAGAUACAGAAAAAUUAGAAAAAGGACUGAAUGAUCUUCAGCCUUGGCCUGAUUAUAUGGCUAUUGCAUGUGGAUCUCGAGCUCAUUUGGAAAAAGAAUCAAUUGCACAGCGUUCUUACUUCCGUACUCUUCUCAUGUAUGGGUUCCACUUUUUGGUGUGGUUCCUUUGUGUCAAAGGAAUCAGGGACACACAAUGUGGGUUCAAAUUAUUCACUCGAGAAGCAGCUUCACGGAUAUUUUCAUCUCUACACAUUGAACGAUGGGCAUUUGAUGUAGAACUGCUUUAUAUAGCACAGUUCUUUAAAAUUCCAAUAGCUGAAGUUGCUGUCAACUGGACUGAAAUUGAAGGUUCUAAAUUAGUUCCAUUUUGGAGCUGGCUACAAAUGGGCAAGGACCUACUUUUUAUACGACUUCGAUACUUGACUGGUGCCUGGAGGCUUGAGCAUACUAAGAAAAAGAAUUAGGUUACUUGCAGUCUUUGAUUAUAUUCUCAUACAUCACUGUCACAUUAUUUCAUUUGAAAUUAAAAUUUUUAAUAAAGCUGGAAUAACCCUAUUGCCAUUGUCCGCCUUUUGACAACUUUGAAGAAUAAACUGCCAUGAGUAAAAAUUUUUAUAUCCUUUU